UCCGGUAGCCAAGAUGGCGGCGCCCGUGUUGUGAUCACGCUGCGUCCUUUAGAGGGUGGCUAAAAGCAAACUCGUAAACAACUCAACAAGGUAAAGCAAACAAGCGAGGCGACCGCACGCACCAUGAUCGGCGCGUGCGCCAGGACGCAAUGGGCGACCGUUCAGCACAGUUUGGCGGCGGCAGCGACGAUGACACAGAAAAUGCUUUUGGGUCGAAACUGGGCACUCUGCCAGUUUGCGAGGACCAGCAUUGUGGCGAUUUACAAAAAGAAUGCUCAGGAAGGCUCCAAAAGGAAGAGCAAGGAAGAAUACGCUAAGGAGCAUAACAUCUACGGAGGAGACCCCGAGCAGCCACACAAGCUGCACAUCGUGAGACGCAUCCGCAGCAUUUACCGCCGGCCCUACUGGGAGAAAUUGGCCAUCAAGAACCUGGGCCUGACCAAGCGGGACCCUGUGAUACACAAGAACAUAGAAUCUGUUAAUGCUCAACUUACCAUGGUCAAGCAUCUCAUAAAGGUCCAGCCACUGAAAUUGCCACAAGGACUGCCCACAGAAGAGGAAUUUGCCCACUCUUACAUCAACUCCAAAGGGGAACUGAUCAUACAAAAGAGGCUCUCCCCAGUGGAACAAAAACAGAUUGAAGCAAAGUCCGACAGUUGCACAAUCAAUACAAAUGUAUAGAACUGGUGAGGGUCUUUAUUAGACAUCCAUCAGCCUGUGUGUGCUUUUGUUUACCUUCAUUAGUAAACUAUCAUUUGUUCGUGAUGCAAUCCUGUUAUUUAAAAUAAAGGAUGCAGCGUUGUACGUCUGUA